AUGAUCACUCCCAAGGGCACGUACGAAUCGGUGGCCAAGUUCCAAGAGGCGAACCUACGUGAAGAUCUCGAUUACGCCGUGCUUGAACAACGCAAGACGCAGCUAGAGACCCUCAUCGUUGAAAGAGAAUCGUUCAUCAAGAACCUGUGCGGUCUCUUCCACAGGGUUCAAAAGACCAAGAAUUACCAGGAAUUUGUAGAUGUGUUGACGGGGAGCAGGGAUUUACUACGAGAAAUAUUCACUGUGGAGAAUGGAUUUCAGAAGCAAAAUUGGGCCAAUCAUGAGGACAUUCCCCAGAUAGACUGGGACAGGUUUGCUCUAGAUAUUAACGCUUAUAUAGCGAAAAACGACCAGUUGCUGGCACUGUAUGAAGAUGGCUUUUUGUGA